AUACCACAAUUAAUUCCCAACAAUGGCUGCCACCACCUCCGCGGCCGCCGCCGUCCUCCCCCUGGCCUCCCUUCUUCUCCUCCUCCUCUCCGGCCCGGCUGCCGCCCACAACAUCACUGAGAUCCUCGCCCCCUUCUCCGACUUCUCUAACUUCAACAAUCUGCUCUCCCAAUCCAAAGUCGCCGACGAGAUCAACCGCCGCCAGACGAUCACCGUCCUCGUGGUCGACAAUUCUGCCGCCGGCGCGUUCUCGUCCCUGCAGGCCGACGUCCUCAAGCGCGCGCUCUCUGUGCACGUCAUCCUCGACUACUACGACCCCUACAAGUUCGAGCGCCUGAAGAGCAAGACCGCCCUCCUGACCACCCUCUACCAGGCGUCGGGCGUCGCGGCAAACCGCAUGGGCUUUUUGAACUACACGGAGCGCACCGACGACGAGCGCAUGCUGUUCGGCUCCGCCGAGCCCGGCGCGCCCCUCACCGCCGAGCUGGUCAAGGUGGUCGCCGCGCGGCCGUACAACAUCUCCGUGCUGCAGGUCACUGCUGCGAUCAUUCCCCCCGGGAUCGACGGGUCGAGGACGCUCGUCUCUCCUCCGCCCCCGCCGCCUGCAGCGCAUUCGCCCAAGAAGGCUGCUGCUCCCGCCCCUGAGGAGGCCUCGGAAGCGAGCGCGCCUGCACCCGACGCUGCGGAUAAGAGCGACGCGCCGGCGCCUGCAGAUGGCCCCGUCGGCGAUGCUCCGUUGUCGUCGCCUCCGGCUCCGGCUGCAGUGGCCGAUGCCCCCGGCCCGGGGGCUGACAAGGCUGCGCACCACUCUGCGGCGCCCGGGAGGUUGGCCGCUGGUGCCGGCUUUGGGGUUGUAAUGGGAGCGGUUUUGUUGGGUGCUCUAUGAGCAAUGAUCGAAUUGGAGUUUGAGAUGUCGGCAUAUUUAUUGCCCCCAGGGAUUGAAGGAUCCUGAUUCAUUUCGGAUGUGGUACCCAAUUGUUGGAAUUACAUAGCAACCCCAAUGAAUGAAAAUCAUAUUAAUUUUACA